AAAAUUAUCAUAAUGUGUUCAGGAUGCCUAUGUUGAAAUAGACCAGUACUGGAAAAGAGAACUCAGUGAAUACACAAGGCUUAGUUCCUCUGAAAUCAACAGCACAGUAAUAAAUAUGACCAUGGUACAAAAUGUGGCAAUAAUUGGUGCUGGAAUCAGUGGACUAGCUGCUCUUAAAUGUAGCCUGGAAGCUGGACUUGAGGCUACCUGUUUUGAAAAGAGUGACAGUGUUGGGGGUCUCUGGAACUAUACGGAAUAUGCAGAAGAUGGCAGAGCCAGUAUCUACCGAUCAGUCUUCACCAAUGCCUGCAAGGAAAUGAUGUGUUACCCAGAUUUUCCUAUUCCUGAUGAAUACCCAAAUUACCUUCACAACUCCUUGUUUUUAGACUACCUGCGCCUCUAUGUCAAACAUUUUGACCUUGCGAGAUACAUAAAGUUCAAGACAGCUGUAGUCAGUGUGCAGAAAUGCCCAGACUUCCAAGUAACCGGUCAGUGGAAAGUUAUUACAGAGCAGGAUGGAAACCGAUCAUCAGACAUAUUUGAUUCUGUUCUCAUCUGUACAGGCCACCAUGUGCAUCCAAACCUUCCUCUGCAUUCAUUUUUUGGCAUUGAGAGGUUUACUGGUCGCUACAUGCAUAAUCGAGAAUACAAAGAGCCCGCACAAUAUGCUGGAAAGCGAGUGUUAGUAGUAGGCCUGGGCAAUACAGGAGCAGACAUUGCUGUGGAGCUAAGUCACACAGCACAAAAGGUCUGGCUAAGCACUAGAAGCGGCUCUUGGAUUAUGAGUCGUGUCUGGGAUAAUGGCUACCCUUGGGAUAUGGUCUACUUGACACGCCAUCAGUCCUUUCUCAAUAAAGUCCUACCUAGAGCUAUAUCUGACUAUCUGUAUGAAAGCAUGAUGAACAAAAGGUUCAGUCAUGAAAUGUAUGGCUUGGUACCUUUGGACAGGGGUUCAAGGAAAGAACCUGUUUUCAAUGAUGACCUAGCUGCCUGCAUUACCUGUGGCACUGUUGUUGUAAAGCCCAACAUUAGAGAAUUUACUGAGACGUCUGCCAUUUUUGAAGAUGGGUCUGUAAUAGAAAAUGUGGACGUUGUGAUAUUUGCCACUGGAUACAGCUAUGCUUAUCCAUUCAUUGAUGACUCUAUCAUGAAAAACAGCAACAAUAAAGUCUCACUCUAUAAAGGAGUCUUCCCACCAAAGCUUGAAAAACCAACUCUGGCUGUUAUUGGAUUGGUCCAGUCCUUAGGCAGCAUUCCAUCAACUUCUGAUGUCCAGGCUCGCUGGGCUGUCAGCGUUAUUAGAGGAAUAUGUAAGCUGCCACCCAAAGAGAUGAUUGUGCAGGAACUUAAUGAAGAAGAAACAGAGAAGAAGAGCUGGUUUGGUCGGAGUGAGACUUUGUCCAUGGAUUACAUUACCUACAUGGAUGAACUGAGUUCUUCUAUUGGCUGCAAACCUAACCUCCCUCUGCUCUGCAUUACUGACCCUAGACUAGCCUGGGAAGUGUUCUUUGGGCCUUGUAGUCCUUACCAGUUUCGACUGACCGGCCCAGGCAAAUGGGAUGGUGCAAGAAAUGCAAUUCUAAACCAAUGGGAUCGCACAAUUCAAGCCAUGAGAAAGCGAGAAGUUCCAUCUCAUACAGGGUUGUCUUCGUUUAUUGCUUUGAUGAAGUUGCUUUUUAUACCUUUACUUCUUUUUACUGUUUUUUUGGCCUGGUAUUAGAAAUUCACAUUUAGAAAAUAACAUUUACUACAAGUGCUCUUACUAUCUAAAGAAGUUUCUUCUUCAUUGAUAUAGAUUUUACAAGACCAUGCUUAAUGUAAUAUUUACCCCUAUAUAUACACAUUUGUACCAGUCAGAAGCAUUUCAGGCCCUUAUGAUGUCUUGAGGUGGCCAAGUUGAUGCUGCCCACCCCUUGGUCCCCAAUUGUGCUCUCUGCAGUAGAAGAGCCGAAUUUAGUCAAUUUAAGUUACCAGGAGAGGCUUUUUACUUCCUCUGGUAACUUGUGGGUUACUGUUGCCUGAGGCGAGUUUCUCAACUCGCCUAAACAGCACCCCUGGUACUAGUACCAAACAAGGUAGUGAUAUCUACAAAUGCAAGUGACAAUGUAUCAACACUAAAAUCACUUACCCUUGCUUGGGCCUUUCAGUAUUAUCCUGUACAUGCUGCUAGCUUCCAAGAAUGUCUCAUGUAUUUCACUCUAGUAAAAUAAAACAUUGCCAUUAUAAAUUAAAAUGGGAGGAUAAAAUAUGUUGAAUAUUUA